GCUGUGUGUUUGAGGUGUGUGUUUGAUGGUGCUGGAUAGCUGGGGUGUUGGUGCCAUGUAUCGGCGUUCGCCCUGUCACAGAAGCAGGGUCCACUUUGACUUCAGCGAGGAAGUCAUCAAGAGACUCCAUACUUCCAGCCACACUCACAGCUUUGAUGUGGAGAAUGGCCCAUCAGCCAGCUGCAGUCCAUUGGACCCUUCAGCGUCUCCCGGGUCUGGCCUGGUCCUACACACCAACUUCCCUGGACACAACCAGCGCAGAGAGUCCUUCCUCUACCGCUCGGACAGUGACUACGAACUCUCGCCUAAGUCCAUGUCCCGAAACUCCUCCAUCGCAUCUGAACUGUAA